AUGUCUAGACUCUUCAGUCUCCGGAAAGCAUGGAAACGGGAUGAUAUCGAGCAGGCAUACGAGCACCUCGGUCGUGAGAAUGACACCCGCCACGUUCCAGCUACGUCCGGCUUGCCUCUCCUUCCGAGGCCGCUUGCCUCUAUGGUAUCAUUCAUGACUCAGUCGACUUCUCUGUCUCUUCGAAUUGGGUCAUUUGUCGGAGGCGCUGCGAUAGAUGGUGCGAGAACCACGACAUUGACCGGGCUGGAGCUCAGCAGAGCAAUACUGGAGGGAAUAUUGACAAGGGCUGGGCGCGAUGUUGUCAUCAGGAGCAGCGGAGAGUAUGGCAAAGCAGAAGCAGAGUCAUUACUCGAACGGAGCCUGGCUACUUUACAUUCCACAAUAACCUCGGCAUCCUUUUUCGCCGCUGCCUCGUUUCAUUUCUCCUCAGCUACACUCUCAUCAGCAGCCAACAUAUCCCAGUCACUACUCUCCACAUUGGAUGCAACCCUUGGCUCUACUGAAUCGUCUAGGGCAAUUGCUGCAAUCGUAACUCUCUUCCGGAGCGAGCUCAGAGACCUCAACGAUUCCGAAUUCGGGACUGAACUGCGAGCUGGAAGAGUUGGUGUCGCGGAUCUAUUGGUUGGGUGUGUUGGAUUUGCACUGCUCCAGCGCUGGGGCCGGAAGAACACAGAACGGCAUGCACGUGGAAUCGGGGGUGUGGAAUCCGUAUGGGAUGUGGUUAUCCUGGACAAUGGCGUGAGAGCAGAUGUUGUUGGUACACAUCAGAUGGAACAGCCGAGGGCUGCUAUUGAUGAACUGCGUGACGAGACGAAUCGCUCAUCAUUCAUGAGUACUGGGAAUGAUGAAGAAGUCUUCGAUGCUGUACAGCGACCAGCAAGCAUCGCUGAUACCGCAGAAAGGUCCCACUUCUGUCUUCCCACCGAGAACUCGCAUCAAAUAUCCGAUGAUGAUAUCCGGUUGUAUAUCAUGAGACAAUUGCCUGAAGGUUGCCGUGCUUCUAUCAGAACCGACCUGGUGCAGGCCAGAACUAUCACGGUUGAAGUAUUUGAGGAUGACGUUGGAGAAAUAGCUGCCCCACCAGGUACAAUGAUGAUCGAGGAGAGACACCAUGAUGGUAAUCUCUCCAGAUCUUCCAGCCAGGGCCAGCUUCCCAAACAUACGAUGGUGUUCAGGACCGCCUUCACCAGGUCUAACAAUGCCGAUGUGAGGCCAGCCAGUCAUCAAGAGAGCAUGGCAUGGCAGGAGGGUGACGAAUGGGAACUUUCCCGGUCGCAUCGAAAUCUCGGGGAUCCGUCGUUCGCCACAAUAGGAAACAGUCUUGACGACCCAUCAAACGAUAGGCUAGUGACCACAGAGCAGCUUUCACCCAAUAAUCACUUGGAGGAUCCCAUUACCAGUAAAGCUCGAAGUCGAGCAGCCACAUCUAAAGAUAGUCCUGUGAGGUCUUCUCUCGCGAAAGGAGCGCAGAGGGUCAAGUCUAGCAAUCCUGGUAAAAAGGAUACUGGCAGGCGCCCAUCCACGAGACUCCCUGCAGAGAAAGUAAAACCCCCACCAUCGUCCGAAAACGCGAUUCCACAAGGGAGACCUCUCAAGGGAGCAGCAAACGCGCGAAAGACAUCAGCACAACAGAGUACUACCAAACCCGACCGCAGCGGGGCUCAAGAAGCAGCAGCGACAUCACCAAAGCGGGGACCAUCAUCACCUGUAGCGAACAGAGGUUUGCCCAGAACCCCUUUGCAAGAGCAUCGUGUGAAAUCCGCAGCUUUUCCAAAGACAGGCCGUUCUGAACCCCACGAGGGUAGUCACACAGGCAAUUCAAGAACGGAGUAUUACGCCAUACACGAAAAGUCAGAGGAAUCUCUUGUUAACCAGACGAAGGCCUAUGCUCAAGAACCACCAAACACACGACCCGGGUCCCCUGUCACGAGAAGGACCCAUGUGCGUAGUAGCAGUUCUCUGUCACUGACCAGGUCGGAAAGUGAUGUGACCAUCUACAUAAAUAAGGAUGGACGUCCCAGCUCCUCUAUGUUGCACCAUCACCCUCGAGCAUCAUCCCCGAGCAUAUAUUCUCUUGCCACAGCGGGGUCUGAAACAUCACUUCUACUCGCCCAUCGUCCUCGGAAAAGUGCUUAUGAUGAUAUAGAAGCACUUCAAAGCUUGAACCGGGAUGGCACCGUGCCCGGUAUCUUCCCUGCAAAGCACUUUGUGCAGAACAUCCGACGUUUUUGCAGAUUCUCCUCGGCUUCAUAUGGAUCGCAUGCCUUGAAAGUCAUGGGUGUUCCGCGACUGACUAGUGCUCUACCCAUUGAAGAGGUAUCUAGCCCGGAACAUAGUGACUUCUCUGAUCACACAGGCUUGCCGGCUUCCACGAUCCUCUUGUCCUCCUUCGUCGAUUCUGCGGGUGGAACUAACGCCGCAGGGGAAACGGAAAGCGGCAUUCCUUUAGUACACUACCUUUUCCUUGAUCAUGAAUCGAAAGCGGUGGUUCUGACUCUGCGAGGGACAUGGGGCUUCGAAGAUAUUCUGACCGACAUGACCUGCGAGUACGAUGACCUUGAGUGGCAAGGUAGGAAUUGGAAAGUCCACAAAGGAAUGCACGCUUCAGCCAAGCGUCUUCUGAUGGGAGGAGGCGGUCGAGUCAUGUUGACAAUCAGAGCUGCACUAGAGGAAUUCCCAGAGUAUGGGCUGGUACUGUGUGGACAUUCGCUCGGGGGAGGCGUUGCUGCACUCCUUGCAACAAUGAUUUCCGAACCCAGCAGUGAUGCUUUUGGUGCAUCGUUCACGACCACUUCCUAUCAGAACACGAACUCGGGUUCAUCUGAUAGCGAUGAACAAUCCUGUGGCAAGGCCUUCUUUGUUCCCCCCGGUCGGCCUAUCCAUGUCUAUGCAUACGGUCCUCCCGCGACGAUGUCGCCUUUCCUGCGUCGCGCAACGCGGGGAUUGAUCACUACCAUUGUUAAUGGUCAAGAUGUGGUGCCUUGUCUCUCGCUCGGCAUUUUGCAUGAUAUGCAUACAGUAGCUGUAGCGUUCAAGGGUGACAUUUCUGGCGCUCGCUCCCAUGUGGGAUUUCGAGUUUGGGAAGGCUUCAGGCAGAGUAUUGUGAACAAGUUUUACGUUAACGAGCCGCCUAUCCUCACACACGCCGGUCAUGGCGUAGGAGAAGAUGCGUGGGCAUGGAAUACAUUGAAGACGCUUCGUGAGGAAAUGAGCGCGCCCAAACUGCUACCACCCGGUGAGGUAUUUUUGGUGGAAACAAUGAGGGUUUUGCAGCGAAACGCUUUCACAUCUGAAGUGAGCAGUGAUGGCCAUCCAGUGUUAGGUCGGCCUGCAACCAGAGCACAGUUGAUAUUCGUUCGAGAUGUUGAAGCCUCGUUUGGAGAACUCAGGUUUGGCUCAGGAAUGUUUAGUGACCACAAUCCAGCAAGAUAUGAAGCGAGCCUUGCUGCACUUGCCCGUGGAAUUUUGGAUGAGUGA